GAUCGCCAACUCAACACCAGAGCCCAAGCUUCAACUUUCUCACCGACAGAGCCCAGAACAACGGUAACGACAAAAAGAUCCUCUUCUUGGGUAGACAAAACGGGCAACGGUUGGAAUUGGACUAUUCAGACUUCGAAAUAGCAAAAUGUCUAUUCCUAUGCAUCGACUGGGCGGUCGCGGUACGUCAUCACAAAGAACAUACCUAGAAGUUGUUGUUUUGCGCCGGAAUCGGCAACGCCAGAAUUCGAAGUGCGGCGCUUUGAUACGAGACGUCAAACACUGACAGUUGGAUCUGGUUAGCCUUUGCCCACGACGAUGACGAUAUUGAGCAAGAGUACGACCGAUUGAGAGACCUGGCGCGAGCCGAGGCGGAAAAGCGCAACGAUUGCUUCGCGCGCUCGCGUCAAGCAUAUGAAGAUGGCGAUGGUGCUGGAGCAAAGGAGCUCUCUAAUCAGGGCAAGGCACAUGCUGCCCGUAUGGAUGAUUACAACCAGCAAGCAGCCGAUUUCAUCUUUCGUGAGAACAACGCCUCUGGCCGUGUAGAGGCGGACUCGAUUGACCUUCACGGUCUCUAUGUCGAGGAGGCUGAGCGUAUUCUUGAGGAGCGCAUUCGCGCAGACCAGCGCAAUGGACAGACACAUCUCUAUGCCAUUGUCGGCAAGGGACACCACUCAGCUGGUGGUGUCCAAAAGCUCAAGCCCAAGGUCGAGGAGCUGUGCCAAGAACUUGGUCUCCGGUACGAAACCGAUGAGGACAACACAGGACGGAUUAUCAUCAACCUCCAGGGCGGAGAUCCCAUCCCUCCCUCGCACUCUGAUGGUUACGGUGGUCACCAUGGUGGGCAGCAGCAUCACCAGCCUCAGCAUCAUCAGCCUCAGCAUCAUCAGCCUCAGCACCACCAGCAGGAACAGCAGAACGAUGACGACGGACAGGUGCUGUCCUGGAUUCUAAAGAAGUUGGAGAAGGCCUGCUGUGUGGUCAUGUAAACCUUGGAUAUACUAUACUCUUCUGAGUUGCCAUUUGUGGAAUGCUUCUUUGGACUGCUUUUUUCACGCAUUUAUACCCUGAUCUUGUGGGGUUAAGAGAGAUUCUGGCUUUCUGGAUCUGUUUCUUGUGAUUACUCUAUCUUGUCCAGCAUUCUGGAAAGGCUAGACAAUAUAGACGAAAGACAUGCGAAACGCUCAUGUUAAGAAUUGAAUUGAUGGGAAUAUGUAUAAAGUCUUUGUUUGCUCGCUAGACAUAGGAAAGCUGUAUUAUAUGUAGAUCAAGGCUCCUGUAUACCCAAA